GGGAGGGGCGGGGCUUAUCCGGGAUGUCGGGCUCGCUCCUGGUGACGUAGCGCGCCGCGGGAAGGGCCGCGACGGACCCCGGUGGCCGCCGACCCCCGCACCGGGCACCGGCGCCUCCCUCCCCUCGCUUCGUCCUUCCUCCUUCUUCCGUCGUCUUCCUCCUUCUCUCCCCGCCAUGCGCAGCGCCGCGGGAGCGGGCAGCACCGGGGCCGCCGCCGCCGCCGCUGGGCAUGUGCCAGGCCCGGCCGCCGCGUGAGCACCGGUGGUACCGGCAGCAUUGUCCGCGCCAGCCCCCGGAGCGAGCCGGUGGCGGGUGCCAUGAAUAGCAGCUGCGCGUCCCCCGCCGCCGCCCGCCGCCGCCUGCAGCGCCGGGAUCGAUAGAGGCGGGGGCUGCGGACGCACUAUGGCCGGCACCGGCUACACGGACCUGCGGGAGAAGCUCAAGUCCAUGAUGCCCUACCGGGACGGCCACAAAGGCGGCAGCGGCGGCGGCGGCCUCGCACGGGAACCCCCCGAACCCCCCCCUUACGAUCGCAAGCGGCGGCACCAGGAGGAUUCCGGCUCCGAGCCCAGCGACUACGAAGAGCAGAAGGAGGAAGAAGAAGCUCGGAAAGUGAAGAGCGGCAUCCGCCAGCUUCGCCUGUUCAGCGCCGAGGAGUGCGCCAAGAUCGAAGCUCGCAUCGAGGACGUGGUGUCCCGGGCGGAGAAGGGGCUCUAUAAGGAGCACACGGUGGAUCGGGCCCCGCUGCGGAACAAGUAUUUCUUCGGGGAGGGUUAUACCUAUGGGUCUCAGCUGCAGAGACGAGGCCCCGGCCAGGAGCGCCUGUAUCCGAGGGGAGAGGUGGAUGCUAUCCCCGAGUGGGUGCACGACCUGGUGAUCAGGAAGCUGGUGGAGCACCGGGUGAUUCCCGAGGGCUUUGUGAACAGUGCCGUCAUCAACGACUACCAGCCCGGGGGAUGCAUUGUCUCCCACGUGGACCCCAUCCAUAUCUUUGAGAGGCCCAUCGUCUCCGUCUCCUUCUUCAGCGACUCGGCGCUUUGCUUCGGGUGUAAAUUCCAGUUUAAACCCAUCAGGGUCUCGGAGCCCGUUCUCUUCCUGCCCGUGAAGAGGGGAAGCGUCACGGUGCUCAGUGGCUAUGCAGCUGAUGAAAUUACACACUGUAUUCGACCACAGGACAUCAAGGAGAGAAGAGCUGUCAUCAUCCUUCGAAAAACAAGACUAGAUGCACCUCGAUUGGAAACAAAAUCCCUGAGUAGCUCUGUGUUGCCACCAGGUUAUAACUCUGAGCGUCUAUCGGGAAGCAACCGGGACCAGAUCCUGAAACCAAAGCGGUCCCAUCGCAAAGCAGAUCCUGAUGCUGCUCACAGGCCACGGAUUCUAGAAAUGGAUAAAGAGGAGAACAGGCGCUCAGUCCUCUUACCAAAACAUAGGAGAAGGAGCAACUUCAGCUCCGAGAACUAUUGGCGAAGGUCUUACGAGUACACGGAGGACUGUGACGAGGAAGAGGAGGAUGGAAGCCCAGCCAGGAAAGUUAAAAUGAGGCGACACUGAGGAUUGCACUUUCCGGGCUCAUAGUGGAGCUGCUUGGCCUCCAGUCUGUGAAAACUUUCUCUUCCCUCUGGCUAUCUUCCAUCUAGCUUCAGUUUUGGUUUUUCCUUUCAGGCUGAAGAGUAAACAGGAAGGAUCCUAGCGAUUUGGUUGUAUGAAUGGAGGAAUGCUGAGACAUACGGAAGGAUGGAACAUGUCCAGUGCACAUGGUGCCCUGAGUCAUGGGGUCAAACGGGCAUCUCUUCCCUUAGGAAACAGAUAAAGUUAUGCCAGGCUGUCUGUUGGGAUUUCUUUUGAGAACACCAAAAAGUUUCACUGUUUCGUUGUGCAGGAUUCAAGAAUUGUACUUUUGGGUUUGUUUCUUCUUUUUUUUUUUUUUUGCUUUAACUUUCUUCCUUUCCACAUGUUCUAAAUAUAAUGUUUGACCCCAGGAGCUGAAACCCUCUGCGGUGGCCUCGGAUUUGCUUCACCAAAGGGCUCCUUGGUCUGCUCUUACCUGGUUGUUGUUGGGUUUGUUUUAAGGGUGCCCUGCAGUAACUGGAAGUUUGAAGCUUUGCAGACCCCUCUUACUGCGGUUGAUUUCAAAGGGUUUAGGACAUUUUUGUUGCACUUUAGUACCGGUUUUAACAUAGGUUUCCUUUCCAGUCCCUUUUCCCAAGCCAGCGUGGGCUCACACAGUCCCUGUGCUGCCCUCUCCGAGAAGAAUGUACUUGAGCUCUGGUUUCUCAGUGCUGGUCUGAUAAGGAGAGUGUUUUGGUUAAGGAAGAAGGAAACGUGGCUGGCUUCAGUGAGGCUGGCCCCAGGUCCAUAUUGGAGCCCUGGGACUGCUGAGUGAGUGAUCACAUUGAGUACAUGCUGCUUCCCAGAGCUGGGGAUAGCAAAGAGGAAUAGGAGAGUUGCUGUGCUUGUGAAGGACGUUUGUUUUGGGACCCCCUGAGAAGAGCUGUUCUCCGUGCCUGGGGGACUGGCUUUCAUCCCCCUGCCCCUUUAGGUGGAGAGAGUUGAGAUGGUGCAGCAUCCCAUCCCAAGGGAUGCACUCUGGUGGAGCAGGAACAGGCACUGCCAUGGCCUCGGGCAGCUCGGCUGCAGAGUGUCCCCUCCAAGGCUGGCUCUGGGAGCGGAGGCACUGCGAGGGUCUAAGUUUGGCCUGAGUUCAGUGCAUUCAGCAGUGGUUGCCAGCCUCCUCCUGGCUUUAUUCCUGUCUGUAUUCCUGGGGCAGGGAGUUUUCUGCUUGCUACAGAGAAGAAUCAGGCGUUGGGCCCCAUGGAGUUAGUGUUAGUCUGCUGCCUUCCUCCUCUCCCACCCGGUUUGCGUUAGCCCAGACCAAAGCCUCAGUGUGUUUCCAAAGCUUUGGGGCCCAACAGCAUGUUUAGAACCGUACUUUUAAGAGACUUCCUCCAAUUGAUUCUUUGAACCCAAGUGUUGGCAGUUGUAAGGAGUAGUCUUCUUUUUAAAUCCGUACUGCUUUGCCCUCCUUCCAGUUGUAGUUUUCCUUAGUGUCGUGUCCCUCACACACUUCAUGGUCCGCACGCUUGGCAAUAAAAAGAUGUAAUAUAUUUUGAAACCCGUUUGCUGCUGUCUUGAGGGGCUCCCAGUCAAAACCCACCAAUCCAAGUGGCGUUCCUUGCAGUGCUGUUCCUUGGCAAGCUGUUUGCUGACAUCUGGGUCUUGGUGUCCUUUUCCUUCCCCACUGACUUCUGUAGCUCCUGUCACCCUCCUGUUGUUGGGGUCACUGUUUCAGGCUGGGUCUAAUGGUCGUAUUAAUACAAAGGAAUUGACUGCAACCCAGCGCAGGGCUGAUCUGUGGUGAGGUUCUCACUGCCUCUCUCUUGUUAUCGGGUUGGUUUCCUGGUGAGAGCCACUGUUGGCUCCAUGCAGAGGCACAGGCGCAGCCUCGCAGCCAGCCUUUGAAAGAACCUGUCUUGUCUACCCAGAGAUCUGAAAAUUCGUGCUUCUGCUGCUUCUGAGACCUUUAAAACCCCAUUUCCAGACCACAUUUAGCAUCUGAAGGGGUGUUCCUCACCCUCCUGGCUUUCUGCAGAGAAUCCAGGCCAGCUCUUGUCUACAAACCCACUGUUUUGGAAAGCUUGGCAUUCCCCUGAUAGCAAAACCACAAGCAGGGAGCAGCGAUCCCUUCUCCUCCUUAUGGCUGGUGCAAACAUCUCCAGCGAGCUGGGGACCUGCUAGCAGGAUGCCUGUUUCCAGUUGUCUUUCUGGAUCCAUCCUGGAUGUGCCCCGGGCUCUCCUCGGUGUCAGGUCUGCUGUGGGUGAUGCUGAUGGUGGCAGUGGUCACUGCCAGGCUCUGCACAACCAGCUCUCCCCCCCCAAGCUCCCAAUUCCACACCUACUCUGCAAUAGGGAUGCUGUACCUCGGUGUCAGCUUGAAGCUGGAGGCAAGCCUGGCUUUCUGGGGCUGCUUUCCAGAGCAGGACUCCCAUGGGAUGAGGUGUUGGCUCUGUAUCCACUGAAGGCUGAACAAGGCAUCCUGAGGUCUUACUCCUCAGCCUAACUUACAUCCUCUAGCCUGGUACCAUCACCUCAUCCAGUCUGUACGUGUGCGAGUAUCCUUCCUCUCCCAUCUUGUGUCUGUAUUCCUGCAGGCCGUGGUUGGGAGCUCUCCCCUCCAUCCUUCCUCCCUGCCCCACAUCCCUGCAGUGGGUCUGAGCUGGCACCCGUGGUUGGAGGGAUAAGAGGAGCUCCUCACCACUCCAGCCACUCUAUUCUCAUGUGUUUUCAACCUGGUUGAUUGGGGCUUGACACCUUGGAGUGAGAAUGGGACACAACCAGUCUGACCUGUAGCAUCUCCUGGGUGUCCCCAGCGUGUGGGCAGGCCACCUUCCCCUCUUGUACAGACAUUUUCUAUAGACACAGAUGUAUAUGUGUAGAUAACAUCGUUUUUUAACUCUUUUGCACUGAACAACAGCAGAGUGAAACCCUGAUUCAAAACACAUUUUCAUGUGGAUCCAGAUGGUUGGAUCCCUUACUGUAACCUACCUGGAAAGCUGUAGCUCUAAUACUGGUGAUGCCCAUACCUGUUCUCUGUCGCUGGCUGUGUUGGGCUUCAGGUCAGGCUGGUGCCAUGGCUCUGGUGUGAAGGAUGGAGCGUGGUGAGCUCCAAUUCGGAGGCAGAACUCCUCAGACUCAUGCACAGACCUGACUCCUUUGGCUUUAUUGUAUCUAUUUAGUCCAGUCGUGCAGUCCCACCUCCUCUCCAUCCACCCACAGCGUGUCAUUGGUGUAACCUGCUCAUCCCGAAACUGGGAAUAAGGCUAUGUUCAGUGUGACAAUCCCAUACACCCACAGCCCAGACCAUAAGAACUGUCUUUCCUAAGGAAGGGGGAAGAAAGUGGGGUCUGUCCCUGCUUUGGUGGGUUUCAUCCUGCUUUGGUGGGUUCCAUCCCCUGUUUUCUGCACAGAGCAGGAGGAAUUGGGCUCUGUCACUGUUACCCGUAUCUUGAGGAGGCUCAGGGAUGGAACUAAAGCUCUUACAUCCAUGGUGUGGGCUCACCGUGUCCAUAGGAAGGGCAGGAAGGGCUGUUUGCUGGCACUAAGAGGUGAGCUGCAGGCAGAGCCCGGCUUGCCACAUCUGGUUCCACACUUGCUGAACCCUCAUCCAGAUGUUAGGAGAGAGCUGUCGUCCUGACAGGCUUGGCUCAUCCCAAGGGAUCACUCAUGGGGAUGGUCAUCCAUUGGGAUGAGAGCUGGGACCUCUGCCUUUUGAAGCUGUUGGUACCAGCGCUCGCCCCAUGGAUCAGAACAGUUUCAAUAUGCUUUGAGGAGGGCAUUGGGGGGACCCAGGUCUGGACCCCACCAGCAGCAAAUAGUCUUUUACCUGCCAAAAGUGAUCCCUUUCCCAGCGGGAAGGAGAAAUCCUCAGUUGAGAAGCAUCUCAGCUCCUUUUCCCACCCCUGCCCACACUGAAAGUUCUGGCUGAUUUUAAUUUAGGCUUUUUUUUUCUUAGAGAAUUUAAUUUCCUCCCCUUUUUUUUUUGUUACAAAUAAAAAGAAAUAAAGAAAGAAAGUGGCAAUAUUUUUUUCCGGAAGCUUUUCCUAGGAAAAAGCGUUGGUUUGUAUCAAAGUUGUACAGUUCAGACGUUUGAGAUACGAGAAGUACUGUGUGAAACGCUGUAAAUGGGGCAGAGAUUAUUUUAUGUACAGUCUGACACGGGGGGAAUCAUUGGAUUCCGGUUGGUUCUGAGGAAGAAUUUGGUUCUUUGCUGUCGGGGGUUGGAAUUUCACCGUUUCAUUAUUAUUACUUUGGGGUUUUUUUCCUUGUAUAGAUUGCUGCAUUAAUUGAAUAAAAGCAGAAAGCAUC